AUUCAAAGCUAUUUUUUUGGUCAGGGUUUAGUAUCUUUGGAUAGUGAUAUAUGUGUUUUGGAGAGCCGGUUAGACGUUUUGGAUAUAUUAAUGAAAGUGUUCUGUUCCAACCUUAGUAUCUCUUCUCGCCUAUCGAUAUUUCUUAUUUAACUCGCUGUAUUGUUCGAAUUGUAAGAGUUGUUCUUUAUUCCGACAGGAUUAAUUGUUAGUGAUUUUCGUCUGUUGAAUUUCAUUGCACCAGUUUUUGAGGUCAGGGGAUUAGGAUUAGAGGGCCAUACACAAACGAAUCGUCUUGGCGCAGAGCAGCCAAAAACAGCAUGGAAACAGCGAGAAUUUCUAGACAAUCCUCGCCCAAGAAUUCAGUUUUGUUAAAUUCUUACACCUCGUUUCACAGUUUUUAAAGUCAACGAAAAUGUACGGCUUUGAGCCAAUGGAUUUUUAUAUUUAACAAGAAACUUUCGUGGUAAAAAAAAAAUGACCUCUGUUUUAGAUCUGACUACGUGUAUACCACUGCGGACUCCAAGGAAUUGGGAUAUUUUACAAAAACGACCACAGAACAGUGAAUUCCGGAAGGGUAAUACCAAGGAGAAGCGGCUUCUUCCGUUGUCGAUAUUGGUUAAAAUCAAAGGUCCUCCGAAGCUUGUGGACUCUUACACGAAGAACAUGGGGCCAACCCCAAGGCCAGAAACCAGGGAUUCAACCUUCAACGCGUCAUGCACCCCAGUGAACAUCACAGUAUUUUCCGACGGAAGGACGACCUUAACUAGAGAUAAGGACAAAAAAGGAUCCUUGGUACUCCGCCCCGCACUGCAACAGAGCAAGCAAGUUCCAGGAAGAUAUUUCCCCAAGCCGACUUUAACCGAAGAACAACAGAAAUUCAUUGUUGGAAAAGAUCGCGAAAUCGACAAAGAUCGCCCGGAGCAGAAUUCAGCAACUAGUUUAGUGUCAACCAAGAGUAAGGGUAUAUCACGCGCAACUUCCGAUGUAACAAGUCGCCACUCUCGUCGUAAUUUUACAAACUCGGUAAAUCCGAGAAUUCUGCAUACUAGAAGGACACUUUUUGACCGAGAAGACCGAAGUAAUACUAUGUUUUCCUAUAGCUUCAAAAGCACCUCCGUAGCUGGUCAUGUUCUUGGCGAUUCGCAAGAAGCAGACGGCAUGAAAAAAGCGUCAAGUGUCAACAGACACGUGACGUUUCCCGAGAAGACGCUGACAUUCCACGAGAUGUUGACGGGAACAACUAAAACGUUGCAUGACCGGAAGGAGGUGCAGUCCGCACCCUCUGGUGACCAACUAGUCCCCCAAACCGACAGUGCCAAAGAAGAACCACUUCAGGUUUCGAUAUAACGGUUCGACAUGAAGUAUAAACUCUUUUGAAACUCAUAACACGCGUUACUUCUAGCAAUUUGAAAUCAUGUGUUCCAAAAAAAGUGGUUAAACAGAACUGGUAACAAUGCAUUUCAGUAUUACAGUUAAUGACUCCCAGUACCUACAAUGGCUACAAUGCUACGUGGCUUUGAUCUCUUCAGUUGUGUAUACUAGCUCUGUAUAAGUGAAAAAAAAUGGACUAAGUCUUGUAGAUUAUAUACAUUAGAAGUAACAUGUGUAUGUAUUACGCGAUGCUUUUAUCCAUUGUACGUUUUAUAAGUGUAUAUAUCUUGUUAUGGAUUAAACUAAAUCACACA